AUGCUCGAAGCGGGCGAGGGCGUCGUGGCGCCGGAGGAGGUUGCGAGGCAGCUCCGGGCGCUGCUCGACGUCGCUGAGCCGGCCACCUCCCGCCGCCCGACUGCCGCCAGACUGCGUCUUGGCGACACGCUCGGCGCACCACGCGAGCAGCCUCCGCCGCAGCCUGACCAGCACUCGGCGUGGAGCGCCUCGGGGGAGGCGGUGUCCGUCUACCUGCGGGAGACACUGGCGCGGCUCGGACACCCGACGCGUGCGGCGGCGGAGCACGACGCCAGGCCCGUCGCCGAGCCGAGCGGCGAGCCUGCAGUCGAGGGGCACUGCGCCAGCGCGGGCGCCGCUGACGCGGCCUCCCCUCCUCUCACGGAGGAGUGGUUGGCCUCGAGCGGAGCAGCGCGACAAGGGGCCACGGGCGAGGAGGCGGCGAGGGGGGCGGCGAGGGAGGAGGCGCCGUCUGAGGUCGACGCCCCUCCCACUGACACCGGCGGCGGUGGGCUGGUCUCUGGGACGCCGGACUUCGGCGGCGUUGCCAGUGGCGUUGCGAGCGGCGGCAGCAGUCCGGGCGGGGAGGCGGCGAGCAGUCUGGAGGUUGGGGCCGACGCGGAGGUGCGGGCUGGCGGCGCGACCGGCGACAUUGCGGCGCUGCUCCGCCGGCUGGCUGGGCACGGUGCCGCCGUGGCUGCUGCGGCCGCGGAACCGGACGGCCGGAAGCGGGGUAGUGGUCGCGCUCACGCAGCCUCCGCCGACACGCUCGGCGCCGAAGUCGCGGCCGCCGCAGAAGAGGCGUCGGCCGCGGUGGCCGCCGCCGCGCCAGAGGGUGGCGCAGAGGGUGGCGCAGAAGCUGCCAGCGUCGAGCCGAGGCGGCUGGAGGGCGUUUGUCGCGCAGCAGCCAGCCUCGAGGGCGGCGGCGGGGCCGCAUCACACCCCCAAGCCCCCGCCGCCUUUGAAGGCGGCGGCGGCGGCCUGGGUCGCGCGCCGUCGCCCUUCCGCUCCGCCGACAGGAUCAUCCGCUCACCCGCCGCUGACUGGCUGACGGAGCUGGAGGCGGAGGCGGGGCUGCAGGCGUCGGCGGUAGCAGCGGCGGAGGACGGCUCUCUGCGGAUCUCGGCUGAUGCCGGGGCCUCUCUCCAGGCGCCGCUCGACGCGGUGGCGGCAGGCCUCGCCGCCGAGGCGCGCGCCCUCUCCCGCGCGCUGCUCGACGCCGCCCCGUUGCGCGACGCCGGCCGCAUCGACGCCGCCGCAGCCGCCCGUGCAGCCCGGGCGCUCGAGGCCGCCGCGGCGGCUCCGUGCGGCCCCGCCGAGCCGAGCGCGGGCGCGCAGACGGCGCGGUCGCGGGUGCGCACGCUCCACCGCGCCCUCCUCGGCGGCUGCGACGACGGCCGGGAGGCGCCUUGCGGCGCGGGGGUGCCGCCGUCGGCCGACGUCGUCACGUGGUGCGAGGCCGGCGGCUCGACAGCGGAGAUGGCGCAGGCGGAGGCGUCGUGCAAAGCAGCGGCGGUGGCGCUCGCCCGCGGCGCGCUGCUCCCCAACGAGUCCGCAAAGCUCUUCGCGGCGGUCGGCGAAGAAGCGCCCUCGCUCGCCGCUCUCGCCGCCGCUCAGGGCGCCGCGCCCGCUGCACCGAGGCGGUUUGUGGUGCGCACGGCGCCAGCGAGCGACCCGCCGCCCGAGGAGCGGGGCGCCAGCGCAUCGAGCGAUGCACGCGCUGCGAUCCGCGAGGCCAAGGCGCUCGUCGAGGCGUCGCACGAGCUCCUCGCCCCCGCGCCGAAGCGCAAGCCGCCCCCCGCGCCGCAGCGUGUCCUCGAGGCGACCGCCGCGGUGCGCGCCGCUCCCGUCAGCCUCCCGAUCGUGCCGGCGGUCGCAGCGGCGUGGCCCUGGCCCGCUGCCAGACCACAGCCGCCGCAGCCUUCGGCGGCAGCGGUGCCUCCCCCGCCCCCGCCGGAGGAGGAGGAGGGGGCGAUUCCGCGCUCCACCGUCGCCCACCCCGGUUUGCCUCACGCUGCGGCGCGGCGCGCGGCCUCGACCAAGCCAGCCAAGCGGCUGACGACGCGGCUUGUGCCGGGGGGGAAGCGGGAGGGGCGGCCGGAGCAGCAGGAGCAGCGGGGGGCGCCGCCUCGUCCCGCCGCGCCGCCAGUCGGCAUCGCGCGGCCAGCGGCGGAGCUGCCGGCGCCGCACUUGGCCAACCUCGAGCUGUGGGCUCCGCCACUCCUGCAGCGAGACGCGGCGGAGCGCUUCCCGCACCUGCAGGCGCUGGGCGCAGAUGCUGCCGUGGCUGCAGGCUCGAAGCGGCGGCAGCUGGAGCAGCAGCGCGCCGCUCUCGCGCUGCAGCGGUGCGCCCGCCGCAUCCCGGCUCGGCGGCGCGAGGCGCGCCAGCCCAAGGCAGCGGCCUCGGCUGCGGUUGCCACUCGCUUCGGGCCGGCGUCGAGGCCGUGCGAGCCCGGCGUCGACGAGGAGGCUCCAACCGUGCGUUCGGCGACGGCUCUGUCCGCGAGCGCGCCGCUUGUGGACGCGUCUGUGUCGUGCGCCGAGGAGCAGGACACGCCGCCGCCAGUGUCGGCGCCCGUGCCGGCCGCGGCGUCAGCGGAGCGAGGUGGCCCGAGCCAUGACCCCCCUCCGGCGCCAUCGCCAGAGGAGGCUUGCGGCGAGGACGAGGAGGCGCUCUCGGCAGUAGUGCUCGGCAUGCUGCUCGACGAGGUGCGUGCCUCGGCAUCGGGUGGCUCGUCAGCGGCGGGCGGCGUGGCGGCGCAAGGCGGCGACCCGGCGGUGGCUCGCAUCACCGACUGGCUCCCUCGCCCGUCGUCGCUGCCCAGCGCGGAGCCGCGCUUGCCCGGCGUGGCUCGAUUGCGGCCAGAGCCGCUGCAGUCGAGCCCCCCUCAGCUGCAGCAGCCACAUGCUCCGAUGACGACGGCGGAGGGGGCGCCGCUGCAGCGGGAGCGGCUCGAGCCCUCCCGAGAGGCCGCGCGCGAGCCGGCGGUGGCAACGGCGCUGGCGGCGCUCGAGGCCAAGGUGGAGCAGCUCUCCCAAGCGCUGGACGGGCGACCCACCGAGCAGCCGGCACCGGCGGUCGCGGCGAUAGAGGCGCUCGAGGCGAAAGUCGGACUUCUCUCCGAGGCGGUCGAGAAGCUCAAGGCGCGGCUCGUGGAGCUGGAGCAGUCCUCGCUCGCCGCGGAGGAGGCGGCGCUGUCGCACGCCGCGACGCAGAUCCAGCGCCAGUUCCGCGCGGGCAGAGAGCGGGAGCGGGCCGUGCGCCUCGCGCUCGAGCGGGCCGCCCGAGCGACGCCGCACACGUUUGCCGCGGCCUGCGCCUCCCGCAGCCUCGACGCGCUGGGCGCGGUCGUGCGAGGUGCCCUCGGCCACGACGCGUGGGUGCGCGCCUUUCACAACGCGCCCGAAGAGUGGGAGGAGGGGGACAUGGCGGCGGCGGUCAGCAGCGCGCUGGCGGACCCGCUGCGAGCGGCCGAGGUGUGGCUGCUCGCCAAGCCGACUAAGUACGAGCGCGCGCUUCUCGACCUGCGCACCCACGGCGCGGCGGCUGCCACCCGGCCAGCCCCACCGCGCACCGCGUUGCACGAGGGGGCCGAUGCUGCCGACGAGUCGUUUGGCGCGGCAGGCGCCCGCUUCUCUGGCCCGACCUCUGGUGUCAGCGGGGCCGGGUGGGCAGCCGAGCUCAGUGAGGGAGAGGUGCCGACAGUGCCGGCGGCGACGCAUCCGACGAGCCAGGCGCACGAUGUCGUGCCCGGGUUCACGGUCCCGCUGUUGCCGGAGCGCAGCCUUCACCCGGCGCCCGACUUGCACCCCGCGCCAGAGUACACCUCGACCUACGAGCUUAGCGAGGGCGAGAUUCCUCCGCCGUGGUGGCGGGCUGGCCGUGCUUGA